CAAGCAUAGACCAGACUCAGACCUGCCUUGCUUCAGCAAGGCGGCUUCUUCAGGCACCUUUGAGAAGGGCUCUUUGGAGCACCAAAUCAACACCAGGCCAGAAAAACGAAACUCUCUUUGAUUUCCCAGACCCCAUUUCUCCUCACCCUCUCUUCCCCUUCUACAAUUCUGUGGCCCACUCCCUCCCCCCCACAUUUAAUUCCAUCCUGGAUAUCCCACCCUUUUCUUAUCCCCAUUUCCAGUCUCACUUAUUUUCCGCUGUUUCCGCCCCCCCAAUGACCACUUUUCACAUGCCUCUCCCAGUUUCUCCUCACACACACACGCACGUCUCCCCAGAGCCCUUUCCCUCUUUUUUUCUUCAUUUAUCACCCCCCCAAGACCCCUAACUCUGCUCAUUUACCCUCCGUUUUUCUCCUCAGGAUCCUUGCCCCCUGUUUACAUCCUCUCUAGUGCCUCACUACUGUUCCCUUCCUCCUCUUUUUCUCCCUUCAUUUGAUUUCUCCCGCCUUUCACCCCAGAAUCCCCCUCAGGGAUCAGCAGCAACAGGAGCCGCCAUUUUCCCCACCGUUCUCUCGCCCCCUUCUCCCUUUGCUCCCCCCGCCCUAUGAUUUCCACCUCGUAGCCUUCCCCGCCGAGGCAGGGGCGAACUAGGAAACCCCGUUUUCGAGACUGGGGGUUGAGAAGAGAGGGAAAAACCGGAACGCAGUUACUCUCAACUACUGCAAUAUUCCUCCGCGUCGCCGAGCGUAAAGUAAUCCCGCACAAGCGCUCGCUGUUUUCUGAUCUGAAAAAGCCGUAAUCCUUGACAUUCGUUACGAAUUGAUUUUUUAAAAAAACAUAUAAACUUAAGGAUCCUUUCUCAGGCUAGAUGGUGGAAGGAAAGUGCUGGUGCUGUGGUGGGCUUGUUUCCGCCACCCGUAAGUUGCUGAUUUCUAUACCCCUCCGCAACGAGAAGAGGAGGGAGUAGUAAAAGUAGUCCCGGCCAACGGGAGGGAUAUAUAAAGGAAGCGCCGCGGAGGCACUGCCUUUUCAGUUGAGGAGAGCGUGGUGACUAGAACAUGUUAGGCGGCUCCACGGACUAUAGCAGAGACCAUGGCCCAGAGGGAAUGGACCCCGAUGGCGUCAUUGAGAGCAAUUGGAAUGAAAUCGUUGACAAUUUUGAUGAUAUGAACUUAAAGGAAUCCCUCCUCAGGGGCAUUUACGCUUAUGGUUUUGAGAAGCCUUCAGCUAUUCAGCAGCGUGCUAUUAUUCCAUGUAUCAAAGGGUAUGAUGUGAUUGCUCAAGCUCAGUCAGGUACUGGCAAGACAGCCACAUUUGCUAUUUCCAUCCUGCAACAGUUGGAGAUUGAUCUCAAGGAGACCCAAGCACUAGUAUUGGCCCCUACCAGAGAACUGGCUCAACAGAUCCAAAAAGUUAUUCUGGCACUUGGCGAUUAUAUGGGUGCAACUUGCCAUGCUUGCAUUGGUGGCACAAAUGUUCGCAAUGAGAUGCAGAAGCUGCAAGCAGAAGCUCCCCAUAUUGUGGUGGGAACUCCAGGACGUGUAUUUGAUAUGUUAAACAGACGCUAUCUGUCACCUAAGUGGAUCAAAAUGUUUGUCUUGGAUGAAGCAGAUGAAAUGUUGAGCCGGGGGUUUAAGGAUCAAAUCUAUGAAAUUUUUCAGAAGUUAAGCACAAAUAUUCAGGUUGUGUUGCUAUCUGCCACUAUGCCAAUGGAUGUGCUGGAAGUGACCAAAAAGUUUAUGAGAGAUCCUAUUCGUAUUCUUGUGAAGAAAGAGGAACUGACCCUUGAGGGUAUUAAGCAAUUCUACAUUAAUGUGGAGAGGGAGGAAUGGAAGCUUGAUACUCUUUGUGAUUUGUAUGAAACUCUGACCAUUACGCAGGCUGUUAUUUUCCUCAACACAAGGAGGAAAGUAGAUUGGCUUACAGAGAAAAUGCAUGCACGAGACUUCACUGUCUCUGCUUUGCAUGGUGACAUGGACCAGAAGGAGCGAGAUGUUAUUAUGAGAGAAUUUAGAUCAGGAUCAAGCCGUGUCUUGAUCACUACUGAUUUAUUGGCUCGUGGCAUUGAUGUGCAACAAGUAUCGUUGGUUAUAAAUUAUGACCUGCCAACCAAUCGUGAAAAUUAUAUUCACAGGAUUGGCCGAGGUGGUCGUUUUGGCAGGAAAGGUGUGGCUAUAAACUUUGUCACUGAGGAGGACAAGCGGAUCCUUCGUGAUAUUGAGACUUUCUACAAUACUACAGUGGAGGAAAUGCCAAUGAAUGUGGCUGACCUCAUUUAAUCCCUGGGAUGAGAUGUUUUUGGAAUGCAGUGCUCGCUGUUGCUGACUAGGCGAUCCAUAACGUGCAUUGUGCUUCUUUCUUGGGGGAUACAUUGAAUCUUGUCUCAAUGCUCAUUACGGAUCAGAAAUACAGAUUUUUGAUAAGCAAAGCGACAUUUUGUCGUGAGCUUUUGCGGGGAGAGCCUUUGGCUUUCUCCUCUUUAGGGUUUAGACUGUUGGGGUUGGGUGGAAAGUCAUGGGGUCUGUAAAUUUUUUCUUUAUUAAAAAUUUAUUUCCUAGUUCUGUAGAAGUGGUUGUGCUAGAUGUUCUUUAUCAUUUAAUAAUUUACUUAUGGACUAAAAGGUAUAAGUGCUGCAUAAAAUCAGCCAAUUAUGUUAAACUGGCAUACCUACCUUUAUUGACUAUUAUAGUUCUAUAUUAGCCUAAAUUGGCCUUUCAAAAUUACUAAACUUUUAUAAAAGCAUUUAAAAUGCAUUUUUGUUUGCUAUGUAUUUAUUGAAUAAAGUAUUUAAUUAGUGUUAAGUGUGAUUUGGACCCUGUUGCUAAACCCCAGCAAACAAUCAUUAAUAUUGUCUUAGUUAGGGUUAAACCCAUUAAAAUUGCCAUAUUGCACAUGUCUUAAUGAAGUUUGAAUGUUCAAUAAAAUAAUUAUAUAUUCA